UCUAGCUCGUCGCAUAAGUCAGCGCACAUCCCCAUUGCUCCCUGAACGCCCAACCGUCAACUCCGAGGAGCAAUAACAAUCGCACAAUGUCUGCCAAGGGUUUGGUGUCUCUGGUGGUGGUGCUGGUGACUGCAGUGUGUGUGGUUCACGCACAGGAGAGGAUUCAGAUGUGCGGGAGAGAGCUGAUACGACUGGCUGUGUCGUCCUGUGGUAACUCUCGGCUGAGGAGAAGUAUCCCGGACUUGGAGCCCGGGCAGCAUCAAUACACCCCGCGUUGGUACGAGUAUCCCUCUGAAGAGGAGCUCCAGACUACCGCCGUGGUCCAAAAUCCUCUCCAAACUGCUCCGGAGAAGGAUGUCUUCUCCUUGUACCCACUGUCCCCUCGGGUUAGACGAGCAGUUGGAAAAAUAUCUGACAUUUGCUGUGAGAAAGGAUGCAGCAUGAAGGAGUUGAUCCAGUUUUGUUAGAUGUGGCCACCUGCUUGUAAUUGCAAUAACUACAUCAUCUUAACAUGCGCUGCGAGGAAGCUUUUACCAAGUGGCCUUAUCCUUGACAAGAAUGAUUUAAAAUAUUCACAAUUAUGUAUAAUACUACACAUCAGUAAUUAUAGAUUACAUUUGAUUAUAUAUUAUGAAUUAUCUUCUAUGCCCUACUGUAGGGCAAAAUGAUUGCAUCUUAUACAAUACAAAGAAAAUCAAAUAUUGUUUAUUUUGUGUUAAUAAAAAGUUUGCCGCCCUGAGCGAACAGUAAAAUAAAGCUUUUGGUGAUUCUUUA